AUGUUUGCGGAUGACAUGAAGAUAUGGAUUGUAAUUCGGGGUCCUGCCGACGAAGACAGACUGCAGAUGAACCUGAAUCGGUUGGAGGAGUGGUCAAACCGUUGGCUUCUGCGGUUCAACGUUGCCAAAUGUAGCAUACUUCGCCUUGGCAACACAGCCAGAUCCGCCAGCACAAGAAACUACUUUCUGGGUGGUGUAGCCCUACAAGAGGUCGAAGCCCAAAAGGACCUCGGUGUGCUGACGACGAGUUCCCUAAAGCCAUCCACCCAUUGCUCGAGAGUGGCAAAAAGCGCGAUGUCCGUAGUGUACGCCAUCAAGCGUGCGUUUCUGGAAUUUGACGAAGAUGCUUUUUCAAAGACCUUCGGAACAUUCGUCCGGCCGCAUUUAGAAUGCGGCAUACAAGCCUGGAGGCCGUGGGCUGUUGAGGAUCAAAACUGCCUCGAAAGAGUCCAAAGGAGAGCCACGAAGAUGGUUAGGGGUCAAAGCUCCUUUCCUUAUGCAAUCCGCCUAGUAAAUCUGCACCUCUUUCCGUUGAGUUACAGGCCACUUCGCGGGGAUCUCUUGCAAGCCUUCGGCAUUUCUGAUAAGGGAUCCUAGGAAGCGAUACUACACACAAAAGGAGGAAAUGUGGGCGGAUACGACGAUUUGCAAGCGGCGUCCUAAAUUCCCGGUGGCCCUUUCUCGGUGCCAUAAAGAAAGUCGUCCGGAAAGGAUGAGGAAUGCAAAAAUUUAAUCGAAUCAAUACUCAGAAAAAGGCGCUGCCUCUUCUGAAAAGUGUUUAGAUUAUCUGAAGAUCUCGUAUUUAUUAGAAGAUUAUUUUAGAGAGGAAGUAUACCCGGGCAACUUUCUCCAUGACCCCGAGAAAGGGCCACCGGGAAUUUAGGACGCCUCUUCCAAAUCGUCGUAUCCGCCCAUAUUUCCUCCUUUUGUGUGUAGUAUCGCUUCCUAGGAUCCCUUAUCAGAAAUGUUAAUUUUUUCGAUUUUUCAGUUCAUAUAUCGUGCCCCUCCCCCACAGAAUGCGCCCUAUUGACGCUCUCAGCGGAACCCUCUGCAUUCGCCAUAUAUCAUUAGUCUUGUCGCAUCUCCCUUGCCCCCUCCUCAGCUGGACUCGGCUCACUGUAACCGAUCGCAUCUGAGUUCCUAUCGCCUCGAGACUGGUUUUCUAUUCGCCAUUUAAUAUGAAUGGCCUCACCCGGCAUUUGAAUUCUGUCUUGGUGAUGUCCGUUUCGAACCUUUUAUUCAAUACCACAUAAAGGCCAGUUCUGCCUGACCCGCCUACAUAUCCCUUCAUGAACUCCGUUAUACACUGCCACAUACUGGCCGGUGGGGGGAUGCGUUAACUAAAGCACUUGCAGAGCGCGAAACCCAAAAAACCAAAUAAAACGUUGAUUAGUAAAAACAAACAAAUGGUGAAGUACAGAAUGGUAGAGAAGCAGAGGAAUAUGGUAACCAGAGUGAUAGUGCGAUAGCAAAUUGCCUUUCAAUUAUGGCAUGUCCAACUGACUAUCGUAAAUAUCGAACGUCUGCCGUACAGUUCACCAGUUACAUAUGUUAAAUGAUUAGAACAUCCUUAUUGCCAUAUCCAACUGGAUGGCGUUUCUGGACGGACCACUGAAAGCCAAAUGCCGUGAAAAAUGUAAAGUUUGGGUAAACUGCGUGAAACUUUCAAAAAGGACAGCUAUAUGGUUACCGUACUGACAGUACUAAUUAACUAUGCUAACGAACCAAUGAGGCGGGGCCAUGAGGGGGCCAGAGGGGGCUGGUGCUGGCAGGGAACUAUACUAACUAUAUAACUAGCUAUAUUAACUUAUUAGCCAACUAACCAUACAAACUAACCAACUAACCAUUCUAACUAACUAACUAACUAACUAACCAACUAUUCUAACUAACUAACUAUACAAUUUAACUGACUAGCAACCUAACUGUACUAAAUAUUUCACGAAAAUUUGGGGAAACAGCGUGGAAUUUUCAAGGCGAGUAAAUAUAUAAUAACUUCUUACUUGACCGACUUUCUUAAGGACAUCCUCCGGGUCUCUCAGUGACUGGAAGUUUGACUCAAGCCUAACUUCACAAAAUGCAAACUCAAGAAUAGUCCCCGAGGCCGUCGCGGCUUGCGUGAAAAUGUUCGACCAAUCAUUAUUCAGCACUCUGAAAUCCGUCCGCAUAUCGCUUUUUUUAAUCACCUGCCUGGGUUUGCGGUCCUUAUUCUCUUUUCUCUGGUGAUAUUGUUAUCUGACACGGUUGGGUCUUACACAUGUAUUCUGCCGUUGCUCAAGAAAACUCGGGGAACAUUAGCCUAGAUAGUUUCCGCAAGCUUCUCCAGAACAAAAUUCCCUCAGCGGGAUGCACAACAUCUUCACUGUCGGAGAGUGCUGGGCAUCCAAAUUGCUUUAGAGUAAACCCUUUGGGGAAUGAUGGAGCUAACUCACGUAAUUCUCUUUUCUGCUUUUCGAACUGUAGUAACCGUAUCCAUGUCUGUUGACCGUACUCCGGAGGUAUUUAUGUCUCAGCAUGACGCUAAGGACACGAUUAGUUGCUGUUAUUCCAGUGACAUCCUUGAGGUUUUCGGUUCUCAAAUACAGCUAGUUAUUACUUUCAGAAACUAUUUCAGGUGAAAAGCCAACCUUGGCGUUUUCUGCUCCAAAACAUAAAUUGGUCCAAAUUAAGGAUUUUGGACGAUUUUCUCCAUCCGAAUUUGCCUGUGUAUGAGGAGUUGUCUUCGUUGAUUGUGGAGUCAGGCGACAGUCACAGUCCGAUUUGCAAUGUUUCUUUUGUGACUGACAAUAAUACCUUGUCUGUCCACUUCGACUUUCGUUCACGUUUGUCCACCUUGAAAUGCACACUCCAAAUCGACCAGUAUAAAACAGCCCGAGUCAGUAUAAAUGCUGUCGACGUCCACGAAAAGUACGUUUCGCUCCUUUCACAAAAUGCCUAGAUACAAGCCAUUUGUUGACUUCUCGUCUUCUCGCCCGUUCGAUAUACGCCAAGAUCGGCUGUCUUCCUGCGUGUCUGCUUAUGCGACCCAGUUAGAACGGAAAGUUGCGACCCUCGAGAGGACUUGGGAACAAGUUUGCAUACUUGUCAAUACACUGAGAACCAACUAUCCUGUUCAAUUAGCCGAUUAUACUGCUUUCUGUAUGCCUAUACACCUGGCUGUGAAGUCUGGAGAACGGUCUUUCAUUUCAAGUAAGUUGCCAAAGAUACACUUUUUUGCUGUCAUAAAAAUCGUCAUGUUGCAGUCUCUUGAAGGCGGUCAUCUCUGUCCUCAGAAAAACAGUAACAGAAGGAGGCGGCGUGACUGCUGGCCGUCCGGCGCUCAGACCUCGUCCAUAAGACCGUUGAAUAAAUUAUUACGCGCCCUGGUCUGGCAUACAACUAGUCGUGGGUCAUACGACUGUGAUGCCAUGAAACGUAAUUGUGUGUCAAGUCAUUUGCUUAACGAGGUUGCUUUGGAAGACUCGCGGUACAGGUCGGUCCCCUACGGUCGUCCUGUCCGUCGGACCAAGUAAGGGCGACUACCUUACUUUGCGCCGAUAGCCGUAGUAAUCACGGAACAGCUCUUUUUUAUACGCAGUUUGUUCCCCGGACUUAAAGACAUGUUCUUGAGCGCGAAGUCUUUUGUAAGUCAGCAGAGUCCAUGUUUUGUAAUUACAAACCAGACUAGCCUUUAAUGUUGCCCUUGCCCGCGAAUCAUUUUGGCUGAGGCUUACGGCAAGUUAUUUUUGGGGUGCCAACAGACGCAGUGCAUUUUAUCUCCUACAAUAAAACCAAUGUAUUAGUUCUUUGCUUCUCGACUAAUACUUCCGGCUGUUUCAACAUUGACGGUUGUACAUUCCGGACUUUUAAGACGUAACCACCGGAAUUGUCUUUAGACGUAGGAAAAGAUUGGCCGUUUGCUACCGGAACAACGUUCACUGCUUGUUGAGGGUCAGAUUGCUUAACAGUCCAGAAUCGAGCACCCAGCGUUUACCUAAGAUAAUGUAGUCAGUAUGACUGACGCUCCUUCGAACGUACUAAUCUCAUUGCAAUCUGUAUUUUCUGUCUUUUCGUUAUCUUCGUGGUAGUCCAAAGAACCCGUUGUCCUCAGAAGAACUAAGUAUCCGGCUGCUAUUUUGCAAUAUUAUUGACAGGAAAUUUUCCGCAUAUACUGCUUACGUAGAUAUUGGGCCUCGUGUGCAAUUUUUCUGCAUUGCUGUAGUGUGUCUGAAUCCGUUCCAAGACCUUUCGCACGCUGCCUCCUUUGUGAACCAGCGGAUGGUUGCUGUGAAAACUGGGAAGCUUUAUGGCGCUGGGUGCCUUUCUGUAAACCGUUGUCUCUAUUCCGCCGUUUGGGAUUUCGCUUGACGAGCACAUCGAGGAAGGAUAGACGCGGUCUCCACAUCCGGUGAUCGCAUCUUCUUUUGAACGGUAUUCUGUGAAUUGCCUGUUCGCUUCUAUCAGCAAUCCUCAACUUUCUUGCAGAAGACUUCGUGCGCCAAAUUCGUCAGGAUGAGUGUGAAAACGACGUCACUUCGAAGGAGGCUAUGAUUUUGUCCGGUCAAAUCCUCCAUCGUCGGAGUUCUAGGAAAAGUUGAGAGGUUGAUCUGACUAUAGUAGCCGUAUUGCUUUUAGAUUUCAGUUUUAAGUGGCAGCCUUUUGGGACAACUGUUGGCCGCAGUGGAACGUUUGAUUUGUGGAUCUUUAGCAAACUAUAGAGACGGAUCUAGACUCUUGCGCAUUAGCGUGCUCUUUGUUGUAGUUUUCAAGUUACCCCCUUUUCGACUAUAGCACACGCACUGACCUAUGACCUUGCUACCUUUUUACCCACUUUCUGAGCCAAUUAAACAUGUUGUAUACUCCUCAUUCGCUAUUUGUGUUAUGCAGCGUCGAGUAGCAGUUGAUAAGCUGUCGCGGAAUUUAUGGGUGCCAUUGGAUUUUGCAGUUUAUGUUUAAGUUCUCACCGAAGACAGUGCGUCAAGUAUUUGAAUCAUCACUGUUUAUGUGCUCCUGCCUUUAGAAGUGCGUAGGUUGCAGUAACUGGUGCUGAAAGAUGUUAUUUCAAAUGCCCAGCCUUAGGUCUGCAGAGGAGACCAUACAUAAUGUGUUUCCUCGUGGACCUCGUAACUCGCUCUAUUCCAUACAUUGUUUAUCGCGGUGGAGUCAAACAGAUGUUAUAUAGAUCACCGGCCUUACUAAACUCUCGGGCGAGGUCUUGACCCGCAGGCCAGUGUUGAUGCGUGGAUCUUUUAGCGGCAGGCGACAUUUUAUAUGCCUCAAUCUCACUUCAGAUUCUAGCCUCUUGGAAAAUCAGCGUGCUAUGUACCUGUUCACUUGUCACGCUUUCCCGCUUAGUUCGAAUGUUUUCCCUACUACCGGAUCGACGAUUUAUCAUUCUUCAUCUUUGAGCGUACCAGACCAUCCAUAUAUGCAUUAACUGACUGCCCACAUUCGCGCUAUUUCCGUUUUCCCUGAACAUACUCGUGUGGAUUUUGGGGGCAGCCAAGAUCGGAACUUUCGUACGCUGUCCUAUUGGAGCAGAAACUACGUACCUCCAGAGGCCACUAUGUUGUGUUGGGGCAGAGCCCUCCUAUUCAGUUUAACACCCGCUUCUUUAGAGUGAUACUAAUAAAACGAAACUGGGUCCUUAUUUCUUCCUAAAGUUCUCCGUUGUUUUCAUGGUGGGUUAGAGAUAUUUGAAGCGGCGAUCAUAGUAUCAUUAGACGUGUCGGGUCAUGACAGAUUGGCGCGUUCUUUACACCUUCCCUCUCUUCGCUUGCAUUGACCUGUCGGACUGAACUCUUAAUGCAGUAUCUUCGAUAAACGUCAAGUUUACCGGACUUGUUCUGUUUCUCAGAACGACGGCCGCGCAUGGAGUUAUGAUAAUGCGGACUAUGAGGAUGCCGGUGCUGAUGACGCUGCUGCCAGCGGUAAUGGGGAUCAUACGUACUUUUGACCAGUUUGUGAUGUCAGACAUUUACAACGCAAUCGCAAUACCGUCUGUAUUUAAAGUAGAUUUCGGAGGUACAGCUCUUUUUCGCCUGUGAUUCCGUUACCAGAGCUUUGUAAGCGCCACAUAUACUCAUUCGUAGUUGAAGUCAGCAGCGAACCACUCCUAUCCCAAAGUUGUACUCACUGAAGAAAUUGCCGCCUUCCGCGUUAUCUAUAUUUCUCAUUACGUUGACCGGCACGACCCGUAUGUUUAUUUUAAUAGUACUAGAUGCUUUGCACAAACCUGCUCGAGCUGGACUUCUCUAUUUCCUCCUCUUUAAACGGAGGUACCACUUAUCCUACGGCAAUGCUUGCGUCUUCUCCUUACUGCAUAGAGAACGUCAUUCGACCCUUUAUGCCCUGUUUCUUAGACCAAAAACAACAAGGGAGAAAUAUAACUGCUUUUGGUUUAUAUUUCAGGCUUUUGAUCUUACGUAUCUCGCCUUUUGUAUCUUUGGUCAUUUUCUUCGAAUUUCAGUCGCAGUACUUUCUGACAAACCGCCGACUGGGGACUCCUAUCGUGUCACGUUAAUGCUCCGUAGGUUCCGUUCUGUACGUAUUGCGAGCAGAGAUUUCGACCUCAACCGGUUGGCUGAAAUUCAUGAUUACGUGACAAAAUACCUGAAGAUUUCCCAUACUAAUACCAACUUUUCCUAA